GGAGUGAAGGCAGGGAUGAGUACAAAAGUAUAAACACUAAACAGAACAGGCUUUUGUGGUGGGCAUGGAAACAAUGGAAGUCUACAAAGCACUCUGUUUGAUGAAUCUACUAGUUGCAUUCCUUUCAAAAGGGUCUCACUCUCAGUUGGAUGUAUGCGGAACCCCUCUCAACACUAGGAUUGUGGGGGGUCAGGAUGCUCUUGCAGGGAGUUGGCCAUGGCUUCUCCAGCCCCAGUACAUCAAAUUUGGUGGUCUACGUUGGUCGUCAGAACCAGAAGGGCUCUAACCCCAAUGAGGUGGACCGCGGGGUCACUCAGAUCAUGUCCCACCCCAACUACACCAGAAGUACUAAUGACAACGACAUGUGUCUUCUCAAGCUCUCCUCCCCUGUGACUUUUACCAACUACAUCCGGCCAGUCUGCCUAGCUGCACCAGGCAGCUCUUUUCAUGCCGGCACUACUAGCUGGGUCACUGGCUGGGGCACCAUCCGCAGUGGAGUGUCCCUGCCCUCACCAAAGACCCUACAGGAGGUGGAGGUGCCAGUAGUGGGAAACAGGCUGUGUAACUUUAACUAUGGAGUAGGUUCAAUCACAGACAACAUGAUCUGUGCUGGUCUAGCAGCAGGAGGAAAGGAUUCCUGUCAGGGGGACUCCGGAGGUCCGAUGGUAACCAAUCAGGGUACUCGCUGGAUCCAGUCUGGUGUUGUGAGUUUCGGCAAAGGUUGUGCCCUGGCAAAAUUCCCAGGAGUGUACACCAGAGUGUCCCAGUACCAGACCUGGAUCAACAGCCAGAUCAGCAGUGACCAGCCUGGCUUUGUCACCUUCUCCUCCAGUGGGACUGACUCUGACCUCAGUGUCUUCUGUACUGGUCUUUCAGCCCCUACAACCACCACUACCACUACAACCACCACUACAACCACCACUACAACCGCCCCUACAACCACCCCUACAACUGCCCCUACAACAACCACUACAACCGCACCUACAACCGCCACUACAACAAACACUACAACUGCCCCUACAACAACCACUACCACCACUACCACCACAACUGCCCCUACAACCGCAUCUGUGGUGUGUGGCAGCGCUAGCUCCUCUUUGAACUCCCAUGUUGGUGGCGGAAGCUCGUUGGCGACAGCAGGUUUGUGGCCCUGGAUAGCCAGCAUACAGACUAACGGAGCGCACGUCUGCGGGGGCACUUUAGUGGCGGUAGACUCUGUCAUGAGUGAUGCCAGCUGCUUUUCUAGCCAGGCCAACGCUUCUGAGUGGACCGUGAUUCUGGGUCGUCUGAAGCAGAGCGGCUCCAAUCCCCACGAGGUAACCCAGAACGUCAUCAACAUCACCAUGAGCAAUGUGACAGGCAACAACGUGGCCAUCCUCCGACUGGCCAGCCAACCCACAUUGUCUGACUACAUCCAGCCUAUCUGUGUGGACAAGGGAACCAGAACCUUCAGCACAGGGACUCCGUGUUGGGUAGCUGGCUGGGCAACAGGUCAGGGUGGCGCUGAGGAAGUUCUGCAGGAGUUCCAGACCUCUGUGGUGGAAUGUGUGAAUGUUUCGUCUACGGACAACAUUUGCACCGGAGCUGUGACACUACUGCAGGGUAAUGCCGGUGGUCCUUUGAUGUGUAAGCAUGGCAACUCAUGGUUCCAGACUGCUGUGUUGACUGUCGACAGCAGCAGCAACACCACUAGCAAUAACAACACCAACAAAGCACGUUGGAGCAGGGAUCCCCGCACCUCCCCUAUCCAAGUCUUCACCAAAACCUCCCACUUCCAAAACUUCCUGACUGCCAAUUUGGGAACCUUCCUAUCCCCUGCCACCUCAGCUGGUGGCAGCAGUGGAGCUUCCCUGGCCCACUCCUCUCUCCUCCUCUUCUCCCUCUCCUCUGUCCUACUGUUGGGUUGGUACUAGGAAACUCCAUGGCUACCAUUGACAAGUCCUCUCUAACUUCCAACCAAAAGUAUAUAUUUUUUGAGGAAUUAAUCCAUUUUUGUCAGUGACUGGUAGUGUGUCAAAGCCAGGAUUCUAGUUUUGAACUCAGGGAGCCUCAAUUUCCAGUCAUUUGAAUGAUGAAUGUUUCCAACUUCCUUUGUCUUUUUACUAUUUUUGCUGUCAAUGUUUUUGUAUCAGUAGCAUUUUCUGGAUACUAUUUUGUUAUGACACUUACAGCAUUGCUGUUUGAGACGCAAUAUGCCAGAUUUUCUGUUAACUGUCUGGGUAUGUGUAACAUUGUAACAUGACAAUAUCCAGAUACCAUGUAAAACAAUGGAACAUAAUAAUGUUGCCAGAGUUGACCCUUUCUAGCCUGAGCGAAAUGUUCCAUUUCUUGCAGGAUCAAGACCUCUGCAUAUAUUAAUGGGUAUACUUUGCUGGUGUAAAACCAUGAUUAGGCAUUUUGAAAGCUGAGAAACAGCCCCUUGACUGAUUGCUAUUGUAUGUCACAUUUCAAGAAAUAACCUGUGAAAAUAUGCUUCUUAUACAAAAAUCUAUGCUUUCUCCCAAACAACUGCCAUUCCCACAACUUUUUAAUGAAGAUGAGGAAAGAGAGCAUUGUCUUUGAUAAGUGUUGAACAUUUGAAAUCAGAAUAGAAAUACCUUUUACUGAUGUUAUUUUUCAAAAAUUCUAUGGAAUAUUUCUUGAUCAGACACUAUCUGGUUAGUAAAUAAAUACAAAUCUGCAUCAAAACAAA